AUGAAGGUCAGAUACACCGAAAGUCUGACUGAUCCCAGCUAUCAUGGGCAGAUCCUCACCAUGGUCAAUCCCAUCGUAGGAAAUGGCGGUGUCCCGGACACAGCUGCUUUAGAUGAAAUUGGCCUCAGGAGAUAUUUGGAGUCUGAUGGCAUCAAGGAGGUCAGAAUAUAUGGCAAAGGAAAUCCAAUCAAAAUUGUAGCUGUGGAUUGUGGAUUGAAGCACAAUGCUGUUCGUUUGCUGGUAAAGAGAGGUGCUGAAGUUCAUUUAGUACCUUGGAAUCAUGAUUUCACCUCAAUGGACUAUGACGGACUUUUCAUUUCUGGAGGCCCUGGUGAUCCAACCCAAGCACCAGAAUUAAUUGAAAAUGUCAGGAAGGUUCUUAAAAAUGAUCGCCAGGAACCUUUGCUUGGAACCAGUAUGGGGAAUCUCAUUACUGGAUUGGCAGCUGGAGCAACGUCCUACAAAAUGACCAUGGCAAACAGAGGACAGAACCAGCCAGUUUUGAAUCUGUUAAAUGGACAAGCUUUCAUUACUGCUCAGAAUCAUGGAUAUGCAAUUGAUGGCGGUUCUCUCCCUUCGGGCUGGAAGCCUCUGUUUGUGAAUGCAAAUGAUCAAACCAACGAGGGUCACACUUUACGCAACUUCAUAUUUGAUUCAUUUAUCUCGCUCAUCAAGAAGGGGAAAGAUACAAGCAUUCCUUCAGUGCUGCCCAAAACCUCAGCUGCAACUUCAAGAGUUGAGUGGCAAAAAUAUCAGCUGCAGUCUCAGAACAUCGAGACCGCAUGUCUGUACCAUAGGGAUGUUGGCUCCUCCCCCAGCUACAUUUUUAGAGUGAUGCAAAAUGUGGUUGUUCAGAAAGGAGUGGAGCUGUUUAAACGUGGCAUUUUGCAGGAAUAUGGAGUGAAGGUCCUUGGAACAUCAGUUGAAUCUAUCAUGGCUACUGAGGACAGGCAGAUGUUUUCAGACAAACUGAAUGAAAUUAACGAGAAGAUUGCUCCUAGCUAUGCUGUGGAAUCGACAGAAGAUGCCUUGGAAGCAGCAGAAAAAAUUGGCUACCCUGUUAUGAUCCGCUCAGCUUACGCCUUGGGAGGACUAGGAUCAGGUUUAUGCAUUGACAAGGAGCAUCUCCUGGAUCUUGCUACCAAGGCAUUUGCAAUGACCAAUCAAAUUCUUGUGGAGAAAUCAGUGGUAGGAUGGAAGGAAAUUGAAUAUGAGGUUGUGAGAGAUGCAGCCGACAAUUGUAUCACUGUCUGCAAUAUGGAAAAUGUUGAUGCAAUGGGAGUUCAUACAGGAGAUUCUAUUGUGGUGGCUCCCAGCCAGACCCUUUCAAAUGAAGAAUUACAGAUGCUACGGAAAUCCACCAUCAACGUUGUCCGCCACUUGAACAUUGUGGGAGAGUGUAAUAUCCAGUAUGCCUUAAAUCCCACCUCUCUGGAGUACUGCAUCAUUGAAGUUAAUGCUCGACUUUCUAGAAGCUCUGCCUUGGCCUCGAAGGCCACAGGAAAUCUGAAACAGAAUCUGUGCAUGACCUUGUUGAUACUUUCUUUAUUCCAGGUUAUGGCUGUUGGACGGACCUUUGAAGAGAGCUUCCAGAAGGCUUUAAGAAUGUGCCACCCAUCCAUUGAUGGCUUCACAUCAUGCUUGCCAAUGAAUAAAGACUGGCCUGGUGAGGUGGAUCUCAAAAGUGAAUUAUCUGAAGCCUCCAGUACACGAAUGUAUGCAGUGGCUAAGGCCUUGAAUGAAAACUUCCCUGUAGAUGAUAUCCAUAGACUUACAGACAUUGAUAAAUGGUUCAUCUUUAAAAUGCGUAAUAUCGUGAACACGGAGAAGAACUUAAAAGCUCUUGAUAGUGUGGUGACCAAAACAGGAUACAGUACCCUAGGUGUGGUCUUAUUAGGGCUUUAUAGAGUGGAACAUGAUGUAAAAUUUGAUGACCAUGGAAUGAUGGUGCUGGGCUGUGGACCGUAUCAUAUAGGAAGUAGCGUGGAGUUUGACUGGUGCGCUGUUUCUUGCAUCCGUACCUUGCGUCAGCUCUCCGAGAAGACAGUUGUAGUAAACUGUAACCCAGAGACAGUGAGCACCGAUUUUGAUGAAUGUGACAGGCUUUACUUUGAGGAACUAUCACUUGAGAGGAUCUUGGAUAUCUACCAACAGGAGGCCUGUGAUGGCUGCAUCAUCUCGGUAGGAGGGCAGAUCCCAAAUAAUCUAGCUGUGCCACUUUACAGAAAUGGAGUUAAAAUUAUGGGUACCAAUCCACUGCAGAUUGAUCGUGCAGAAGACAGAUCUGUAUUCUCAGGUGUCCUUGAUGAAUUGCAGGUGGCCCAGGCACCGUGGAAAGCAGUCAGCUCCUUGGAAGACGCUGUGGAAUUUGCAAAUUCAGUGGGCUACCCUUGCUUGUUGAGACCUUCUUACGUUUUGAGUGGUUCAGCAAUGAAUGUAGUACACACAGAGAAAGAAAUGAAGAAGUUCUUGGCAGAGGCAACCAGAGUUUCACAGGAGCACCCUGUCGUCCUAACGAAAUUCAUUGAAAGAGCUAGAGAGGUGGAAAUGGAUGCAGUUGCAAAGAAUGGAAAGGUUGUCUGCCAUGCCAUCUCUGAGCAUGUGGAAGAUGCAGGAGUUCAUUCUGGAGAUGCUACUUUGAUGUUUCCUGCGCAAACAAUUAGUCAAGGAGCCUUAGAGAAGGUCAAUAUUUGGUCAACUAUACAAAACAGAGGGGCAUCAUGGGGCUAA